GCGCGCUGACGGCGUCGCCAUGGAGCCGAGGGCGGGUGUCUCCAAGCAGGACGUCCGCGGGCAGGUGUGGGACUGCAUGGAGGCGCGGAAUGUGGCUGAUUUCCCCCGGCCUGUUCAUCACAGGAUUCCCAACUUCAAGGGUGCCUCUCGGGCCGCUGAGCAUUUCCCACGUUUGCAGGCGUUCAAAAUGGCCAGAACCAUUAAAGUCACCCCUGACGCACCCCAGAAAAUGGCCAGAACCAUUAAAGUCACCCCUGACGCACCCCAGAAAAACGCCCGCUUCCUCGUCCUCAGCAGCAAAAAAACAUUGUUGGUUCCAACACCACGACUGAGAACGGGGUUGUUUAAUAAGAUCACACCACCCCCCGGGGCAACUAAAGACAUCUUGAGAAAAUGUGCCACCUCCCAGGGCGUGAGGAACUACAGCACUCCCGUGGGCUUGGAUUCCAGGGUCCUUGUGGACUUAGUGGUGGUGGGGUCCGUGGCUGUUUCUGAACAAGGCUGGAGGAUCGGGAAGGGAGAAGGCUACGCCGAUCUCGAAUACGCCAUGAUGGUGUCGAUGGGCGCCGUCAGCCAGGGGACGCCGGUGGUCACCAUCGUCCACGACUGCCAGGUUGUCGACAUACCUGAAACACUCCUUGAGGAGCAUGACCUCACCGUGGACUACAUUCUCACUCCAACUCGAGUCAUCACCACGGGGUGUGAGCGCCCCAAGCCAACAGGAAUCGUGUGGUCCAAGAUCAGCUGUGAGAUGAUGGGGAAAAUGCCAGUCCUCAGAAGCCUGCGCUGCCGAGAGGAGCGGGCCGGAAAGGACGUCACCCUUCGGGAUACACACCGGAGCCCUCCCGGUGCCCGGGCCGCCCUGAGCUCCGUCAGAAGCCCGCGGGCGCUGCCCUCGCUGGAAUCGGGCUCCGUGCAGCGGGAGGAUGUGCCUUCCUGCGCUGUUUACGUUGGGAACCUCCCCCGGGACGCCCGGGUGAGUGAGCUGAAACGAGCCCUCAGCGCACGGGGCGCGGCGCCCUCACGGCUCACUUGGCAGGGGCCGCAGCGCAGGGCCUUCCUCCACUACCGGGACCCGGCUGAGGCCCGGCAGGCCGUCUCCCGCUUGCAGGGCUUCUGUCUGGGCGCCAACACAGCAAAGGUGGCGCUGGCCAGGCAGCAGGGUGCCAGUGGCCCGGCGGGUGGCCGUGCUGGAGAGCCGCACCCUGACCCGUGACAUCUUGUUCUGGCCCCCGGUGAACUUCAGAGCCCAGCACAGCGGGAUGUGGUGGAGCUUUGCUGCACGAGCUGCUUUGAGUUCAGUCCUCUCCAGGAAGUCAGAGCUUCGGUUGCUGCCUGGUA